UACCUACCUACUUGAACCACCAGGACACCGACAUAGUGGGCAGCCACCCUGGUCACCCACCAUCCAAUCUACGUCGUCCACGAGAGCUGGCACGCCAUGCCAGCACAUCACAGGGCCCCAAAUAACACCCCCGGCCCGCCCAACCAGCAUCAACCCACACCAUCCCGUCUGCUGCCUCAAUCAUCACCGCGACCGCCUCCCUCACCUCCCUCACCACCAUUUCCGACCCCCGGAGCCAAUUGUCGACUACCGAGCCGCUCCCUCUCUUGUCACCCUCCAUGCAGCAACCUUUACGCACAUAUCACUGGUCAUGUCCACAGAGAUGGCCGCCAGACCGAGUCCCACACCGCACAACCCGUCAGUCAGCCUGUCUACCCAGGUAUUCGUGUCUCUGGCGUGAGGCAUUGUCGUGUGCCAACAAUCACUGGUGGCAUCGCGUGCUCCGUUCCACCCGUUUCGCGCUGUACAGAGGCCUUGGGGAUCUUGUACUCAUCCACCCCGGAAAAGCCACCGCUCUCGUCGCCGCCGCAUGACCGUCGACCAGCAACUUCGAGGGGGUUAUGUGUGUAUAAUUUGUCCCAUCAUCUCACAAUCUUCGGCACAUGACUGGGCUUGGGAAGGCUUCCAGCUCCAGCUUGAGGCGCAAGAGGUCCCGCCUCGGCGGUAUGCGGCAACUCGCAACCCUCUUUGCUCAGAAGCGCCCGUGACAAAGGAACUAACCAUUGUUUGUUCUACCUUCCCGUUGGCCCCUUGUAUCCCGACCCGGCCUUCAACAAUGCCUUUCGGGCCUCUAAAAUGGUCUCUACCACGCAGCUGGGUAGUGUAGAUCCAGCCACUUCAUGUCGCCAGAGCGGUAAACAUUGAUCCCGUACCACAGCCGCUCACCCGCCCCU